AUGGAUCCAACAUCCACCCCGCAACUUCCAAGUCGCUUCAAAAUGGGUGCUACUGACCCAAUCCCCUCAUCGUCUCCUGCUUUUGCAACUCCAGCUCGACCAUUCAAAAUACAAAAGGGCCAUGCACCUCCCACAAAGGCGUCCAUACUGACAAUCCUUUUACCACCUUCGACCUUACGGCCCGUGGCUUUCCGGACAUUUACUCGCAAACAUAACCUGACAAUCUCUUCAUCCGCAUUGCAGACACUAUCAGUCUUCGUGGGUAAGAAUUGUGGCUCGGGAUGGCGAGAAGAAGGGCUAGCAGAAAGAGUCCUGGAUGAAGUCGCUAAAAUCUGGAAGAGAGCUGGUGGAGGCGUCAUUGUCGAAGAAGGGAAAGGAGCGUCGCUGAAUACCAUUUUACAGACCCUGGAGGGUAGUAUGAGUGGUGGGCGAAUUGUCACUGCAAAAGCCAGCUCCCAAGAUGGAUCGGCGAAGGCCAGUUCUGGUGGAGAUGUUGGCCGAAUUGAACCUAGUCACGACAGGUCCUUUGCAACAAGAGGGGCAUCGGAAGAGGAUGAUUCAAAACUCUCGUUUCAUCCUCGUCACUGGCUCAAAGUCAUCGACGCAUUCGACCUUCCUCAUUUGACAUAUAACGUCGACAAGAAAUACUUUGAGGUGAUCAAAUCAAAACCGACCCUUUUUCCGUCUCCCUCGCACCAGACGACAUUGUUCAGAGAUCGCUUCAACUUGGUGUACCAACGGCUUCUACGCAAUGAGUCUUUUCAGAGUUCUCUGGGUGCAAUGGGAGUGCCAUCGUUGCAACGAUCUUCAUCAAAUCUUGCGAUCCAACAGUCCUAUAAAUUGACGCCGAUCGCAAAUCUACUGGGCCGAAGCGGGACUUCCCACCUUAUCCUGGGUCUCCUUACUAUUUCACCAACUGGGGAUCUCGCCCUUGUGGAUCUUACAGGUAGCGUGGAAUUGGAUCUGAGCCACGCGCGCAUGAUUCCCGAGGACGGAGCAUGGUUCGCACCAGGCAUGAUUGUGCUUGUGGAUGGGAUCUACGAAGAAGAAGAUAUGGUCAUGGGAUCAGCCCUGGGCGGAAAUUCGGGUAUUGGAGGAGCUAUAGGAGGUCAUUUCGUUGGUGUAUCAAUAUGUGGACCUCCUUGUGAGCGGAGGGAUAUCUCGCUAGGGACGAGUAAUCGUCAGGGUAGCGGUGAGUCGGCCUCCAGCGGUGGAUUUGGCUGGGUUGAUUUCCUGGGAGUCGGUAGUGAGCGUGCCCAGGGCGCCCGCAUGAGGAGGAUUCAAGAAAAAUGCUUGCGAGGAGAGCCGGAGGCGAUGGAAGCUCCAGCUCGUGUCAAGGUGGCAGUGAUGAGUGAGGUCAAUCUCGACAAUAUGAGAACUCUGGACGCCUUGCGAAAGGUUUUCAGUUUGUACAACUACCUUGCCCUUGCUGAACGUCCUGAAACAUUCAUCUUGAUGGGCAACUUUGUGCAAAAAGCGACUAUCAAUGGAAGUGGCCGAGCUGGAAGUAUUGAAUAUAAGGAGUAUUUUGAUUCACUCGCGGUGGUUCUAUCCGAAUUCCCUGCAUUAUUACAGCAUUCAACUUUUGUUUUCGUCCCAGGUGACAACGACCCAUGGGCAUCGGCAUUCUCAGCCGGUGCCUCUUCAACUAUACCGCGACAGCCAAUUCCUGAGCUUUUUACAUCCAGAAUUCGACGUGCUUUCGCCACGGCAAACUCCGAAAUUGAUCGAUCUAAAACAUCAGAUCCGCCAGGAGAAGCCAUUUGGACUUCGAACCCGGCACGUUUAUCAUGGUUUGGACCUAUUCAUGAUAUUGCUAUAUUUCGCGACGACGUUUCCGGUAGAUUGCGGCGCACAGCUAUCGACACUCAGACUGAGAGUGAUGAGCCUGAUACUAUUUCAAAUGAGGCUUUAGAUGGCGCAACGACCAAAGCUGUUUCAGUGGCACCGGUGCGAGCAGACCAGGCUAAUGGAGCUAAAGCAAACACUGUAUCGUCUGCAGCGUUGAUGGGCCGUAGACUGGUCAAAACUCUUCUAGACCAAGGAACGGUUGCCCCAUUUCCAAUGUCGGUGCGGCCUGUUCUAUGGGAUCACGCCUCAGCUGUGCAGCUAUACCCAUUGCCAACAGCCCUUAUUCUGGCAGACUCCGAGGCUGCACCCUUCUGCAUGACUUAUGAGGGUUGCCAUGUCAUGAAUCCUGGUCGAUUGUUGCCUGAUGGUGGGGUGCCGGUAGUGAGAUGGGUUGAGUAUGACCUGGUGCGAAAUCGAGGCAAGGUGAAAGAAGAGCGAUAUUGA